AUGGGCCUCCUGGCUGCGGGUUUUUCGGCGCUGCUGGCGCCAGGCCAUGCGAGUCAGGACUUCCGAGCCGUGGUCGCCUCUGGGGGUUGGCACAGCUGCGCGCUGAAACGUGGCAACGGGGCGGCGGCCUGCUGGGGGGCGGAUGACUAUGGCCAGUCCAGUCCGCCGAAGGGCCGGUUCCUGGCCCUGGGCGCGGGGAAGGCCCACAGCUGCGGGGUGCGUCCCGGGGGCCGAGUCGAGUGCUGGGGCAGCAACGAGCACCACCAGUCCGAGAGCCCGGAGAAGGAGAUCUUCGCGCAGGUGGCCUGCGGCGCGGCGCACAGCUGCGCGCUCAGCCAGGAUGGCGAAGUGCACUGCUGGGGCAGCGACGAGCACGAGAGGAGUUCUGGUGCACCCGUGGGAAGGUUUGUGGCGAUCAGCGCCUCUGGGGGCCACAGCUGCGCCCUGAAAGCUGACGGCACCGGGGCCUGCUGGGGCUUCAACGAGUACAACCAGACUGAUGUGCCGGACGUCCUGUUCCGCCAGCUAGCCCCAGGUUACCUGCACACCUGCGGCCUGAAUCUUCAGAAUGAGACUGUCUGCUGGGGUCAGAAGCGUGGGGACAACAAGCCACCGCCAGGACGCUUCAAGCAGAUCUCCUCCCGUGGACCCUUCACCUGUGCGCUGGAGACGUCAGGCAGGGCGGUAUGCUGGCCGCAAGCCGAGCAGAGGCGCGACGGGGAAGCGCUUCAAACGGAUCAGGUACUCUGA